CGGAGCGGCGCGUCAGUGUCUCCUGCUCCUCCGCUCUGUCCGCUCCGCCAAAGCCGCUUCACGAGUUUUACUUCCCGCUUUUUUACACUUUUAACUUAUUUUAUUUAUUGUCUCGUCGCGUUUUAACUGAACCGUAAAGAUGCUGUCUGCGCGCUCUCCUCUGUCCGUGAAGAACCAAAACUCCGUGAGCAACAAAAUGAGCGUUUUGAGCCUGGACAAAGAAAACACGCCUCCGAGCCUGAACAACACCCGCAUCUUGGCUUCGAAAACGGCGCGGAAGAUCUUCUCGGAGUCCACGCCCAAGUCCCAGUGUGAGGAGGAGCCUCUGCUGAAGGAAAACCCACGACGCUUCGUCAUCUUCCCCAUUCACUACCACGACAUCUGGACCAUGUACAAGAAGGCCGAGGCCUCCUUCUGGACCGCAGAGGAGGUGGACCUGUCCAAAGACCUGCAGCACUGGGAGACUCUGAAGGACGAGGAGAGGUUCUUCAUUUCUCACGUUUUGGCUUUUUUCGCCGCCAGCGACGGAAUCGUCAACGAGAACCUGGUGGAGCGCUUCAUGCAGGAGGUGCAGGUGACGGAGGCCAGAUGUUUCUAUGGGUUCCAGAUCGCCAUGGAGAACAUCCACUCAGAGAUGUACAGUCUGCUCAUCGACACCUACAUCAAAGACUCACAGGAGAGAGAGUACCUGUUCAACGCCAUCGAGACUCUUCCCUGUGUGAAGAAAAAGGCCGACUGGGCUCUGAACUGGAUCGGCAACAAGAACGCCACCUACGGGGAGCGUGUGGUGGCGUUCGCCGCUGUCGAGGGGAUCUUCUUCUCUGGAUCCUUCGCCGCCAUUUUCUGGCUCAAGAAACGAGGCCUGAUGCCCGGACUGACCUUCUCCAACGAACUCAUCAGCAGAGACGAGGGUCUUCACUGUGACUUCGCCUGCCUCAUGUUCAAACACCUGGAGAACAAACCGAGCUCGUCCACCGUGGAACGAAUCAUCAGGGACGCCGUCGCCAUCGAGCAGGAGUUCCUGACGGAGGCUUUGCCCGUCAAACUCAUCGGGAUGAACUGUGACCUCAUGAAGCAGUACAUCGAGUUUGUGGCCGACCGACUUCUGCUCGAGCUCGGAUUCACCAAGUUGUAUCGCUCGGAGAACCCGUUUGACUUCAUGGAGAACAUUUCUCUGGAGGGAAAGACCAACUUCUUUGAGAAGAGAGUGGGAGAGUAUCAGAGGAUGGGCGUCAUGUCCGGGACCACGGACAACACCUUCAGACUGGACGCCGACUUCUGAGAGCCACGACGUCACAGCGCCACGGCCAAUCAGAGCGCUCCGUCUGACCCGCCCCAGGGCCAAUCAGAGCGCUCCGUCUGACCCGCCCCAGGGCCAAUCACAGCGCUCCGUCUGACCCGCCCCAGGGCCAAUCAGAGCGCUCCGUCUGACCCGCCCCAGGGCCAAUCAGAGCGCUCCGUCUGACCCGCCCCAGGGCCAAUCACAGCGCUCCGUCUGACCCGCCCCAGGGCCAAUCAGUUCACUGCAAUAAUAAAACACUCAGGGGACGUUGUUGAACUUUUCAGACACAAAAAGCCUCAAGUUUAAUUUUGCACUGACUCUUUCCUCAGACUCAGACUCUGACCUGAGUCUCUGUCCUGCUCUGUCCUGGUCGUCGUUGUUCUCACAGGUUUUCAUCAGUUUACUUCUGAAAUGUUUUUAUUUCAAGCUCAAGUCUCCAUCUUUUUUUUUUUUUUUUUCCCUCUGUUGGAGAUGAACUCAAACUGAACGUUUCUGCGCCGCUCGUCUUUUGUUUUAAACUCCUUAAAAUGAUAAAGUUGAGCUGAAAUCAGGGUCGUACUCGUCCCUCUGAGGAGCUGCUGGUUCGACUGUUUCCCUCUGACUUUACGCCUUUGUGUCUUUGGGCAGGACACUUCUCCCUGUCGUCGUGUGUUUGGUGUUUGUGGAGUUUGAUGUUUGUGUGUUUGGUGGAGUCGUCGGGUUUAACGCUGUAGAUGUUUUUAUAUUUGUAAGUUGUAAAUUUGCUGUAAAUAUUUUAGUGAUGAAAUAAAUGUGACUGUGCUCACCUCUGA